CUUUGUCAUAAUUGAGAGAUGGCUCAAGAACAUAUGGCUUAUCAGUAUGGCUAGUUGCGCGAGCGGGCAAGAUGCGGGAUUGCCCGCUAUUUCCAGCAAUCCAAUAAAUUUCUUUAUUUACCAAGCUUUUUCGGUCAAAAUGCUGGCAUUUUUUUUGUUUGUUUCUGCCUGACAAGGGACUUCGGUUACGUCUCGGUCUUCAUAUGAAAAAGAACUUCCUUUGUGUCGAGUCAUCUUGAGCUUAGGUUUGGUCAGCUGCAUGCUACAGAUUGCCGUUAUACGCCCUUAGGAGCUCUUGAUUACAGGAAAUGAUUGCGUGAUUAUGCUUUUCACGUCAGUUGUACGUUCUAAAUUACAGCUUGUAACUUUGAGAACGAACCCUGAACCUCAAGUUUCGCAUACCACUUAACACUAGUUCCAGCUUGGGUCAAAGAAGGUCGAGGGACCUUCGCUUAUUCACAGCUCACGUACGUAUCAGAACCGAAUGCGCAUGGAAAACCUUGUGUGCGGCUGGAAUAGCCUGUGUAGCAAACGUUUUUUGUUGGAAAGGGCGAACGAGCCGAAAGCUGGCUAAUACUGAAAACGAUCUUCGAUUCUAUUAUUACUUCCAGCAUGUCUAGAAGAUUUGCCGUCUUAAUUAUAACUCACUUCAAGUGAGAAAUACUCGAGGAAAAGUAGGUUAUGUACACAGGUGCCUAUUGAUUGAUUCUCGUCACCAAUUUCGGCAUAGUCGGGAAAAAUAAAACAAAACAAAACAGGGGAAAAUCCUUCCACAUUCGCGUCUAGAGUGACGUCAAUCGAUCGCGGGAGCGCUGAGAAUGGCUUGAUUCUCGUCCCCAAAUUUGCUUGCUCCCUUGAGUACGGGUAUAUUCUUUUUCUGAGGUUUAAAUACUAGACAUGUGUGUUAAAGGAUUAAUUAAUCAAUUUAGAUCGGUCUUCAGUUGAGUGUCGUAAAACCUAAACCAAACCUAUUGCCAGUACAAAUUAGACUACCCAGCCAAUCCCAAACCGUCCUAAAACCUAAACGAAAACCAAAGUAAUUGCCUGAUUCCCAUGGCCUCCCGAUCUCUUAGUAUCUUCUUCAUUCGAGCAGGAAAGGUCCCAUUUUCAUUCCGCUCCACCUAUUUUCACUAAAAGGACACCUUAAAUUUGUUUAACUAUACUGAAGACAUCAGGCUGUGACUGACGAAAUAUUUGAAAGUCGUCAAAUUUCGUCGAUUCAACCCCGGGAGGCCUAUGCUUUGGUCUGGGCUCCUGGUAAGGGUUAUAAGAAACGGGGCAAUCACUCUGGAGUUUGAGUGCGAAAGGAUCUCUGGGAAUUCAAUCGUGACAGGUGUUUCGGCGUUAAAUGAGUCCGCAGUGAAAUGACUCUGUACAGCGGUAUGAUGAUCUAACAUGGCGCCGAUCCUUGGGUCGGUGCCCCAAGUUUUACGGCAAGCGGAAACUUUGAAAGCCGCUUUGAAAAGUAGCUUUGAAGAUUUCUCUGUUGGCAGUGAAGGAUGGCAGUCCAGACAAAGACUACAGGAUUUGUACAAGAGUAUCCUAUUAACAGAUCUUGAGUCUGCAUUAGACAAGAAAGUUGAACAAGAUUUGUGGAAUAGUGCUUUCAAAAGCCAGGUGGACUUUUUAAGGCAACAAACAAAAGACAGAAAGGGCUCCAAAAAAGUGGAGGUUCAAGCUGUUUUGACUUUGUUUCUUGAAGCUGCCAGUGGUUUCUAUAUUCAGCUGUUGCAGGAGUUGUGUUUGACGUACAGGCUAGACAUCCCUGGCCAUGUCAGGUCAUCACAGCUNGUUAAUUUUGAACACGGCUUACCUAUCAGGUUUACUCGAUACUUGCAGUAUCACGAUAAGUGUAUUUUAAUAGCUUAG